AUGGAUGGCAUCCAUUCCUUGACGUCUGAUCACGUCCCAUAAUGUGAGAGAAGUGCCCAGUAUCUGGCCGAACAUGGAGUGACAGCACAAGCUUAUCAUGCUGGUUUGGAAGAUCAAGAACGAGCUGAUGUUCAAACUCGAUGGGCUAAUGACGAAUACCAAGUGAUCUGUGCCACAAUUGCUUUUGGAAUGGGAAUCGAUAAACCAAAUGUUCGUUUUGUCAUUCACUUGUCGAUGCCGAAGUCAAUUGAAGGCUAUUAUCAAGAAUCGGGUCGAGCAGGACGUGAUGGUGAACAAGCGUAUUGUUAUCUUUUCUAUAGUUACCAAGAUUUAGUGAAAACAAAGCGUCUAAUCAUGACUGAACAAUCACCAAAUGCAACACGCGACGCACAAAAAACACGCAUGGACAAUCUGCAUAGCGUCUAUGCGUAUUGUAUCAACGAUGUUGAUUGUCGUCGAACACUGCUACUCGAAUAUUUUGGUGAACGCUAUCUGGCGAGUCAAUGUAAAAAACACGUGGAAACACGAUGUGACAAUUGUUGCAGUGUUGCUCAAGCCAAGCUAGUUGAUUUUACCGAAUUGUCCAAACAGAUUCUUGCUUUGGUUGAACAACUCACACAAAAUAUGAGAACAACAACAAUCAACUAUCUCGUUGAUGUUCUCAAAGGAAGCAAACAGAAAGCAGUCAUAGCUGCUGGACAUGAUCAACUCGAACAAUACAACAUUGCUCAAGACGUCAUAAGAAUAAAUGUAGAACGGCUGCUGUCGAAGUUAAUCAUUGAUGGCUAUCUUCAUCAAGACAUUUCAAUCAAUGAUACUUAUGGUACAGCCAGUGCAUAUAUUCGUUUGGGAAAGAACACCACAUUCGCUGAUCCAAUCAUCUUAUCAGUUUGUACAAAGAAAGAGAAUCCAAAUGUUCAAUCAAUGAAAGCGACGAGCUCGACACGAAACCGUUUGGUUGAUGGUUGUCUCGAGAAAUUGAAAGAAGAACUGAAGUGCAUAUCGGCAGAAUAUGGCAUCAAAUAUUCAACAAUAUUGAGUGAAAAGGCUUUGAAACAAAUGGCCACGACUAUGCCUCGAAACAAAGAAGAAAUGCUGAGAAAAACAGUGGAAAUGACAACAAUCAAAUAUGAUUUGUAUAAACUGGAUCGCCUAUUGUCAAUCACUUGUUUGUUUGGAUCAAAGUUGGACGAAGAGAAGCGAGAUGAAACGAUGAAUUGUUCAAGUUUGAAACGAAAACACGAAGCAAGCACGCCAACGACGAGUAGUUAUUUUCACGAUGGAACAAAUUAUGAUAGUAAUGCAAAGAAAAAGAGAUGA